AUGUCUUGGGCAGAUUUGGUCAACAAUAAUUUGGUUGGCUCUGGUAAUGUUUCCAAAGCUGCUAUAUGUGGUUUCGAUGGAUCAGUAUGGGGAAAAUCUGAUAAUUUUAUGUUGGAAGCAUCAGAAGCAGCAGCAGCAGGGAAGGGGUUUCAAAAUAAAGAUAAUCUGCUAGGAACAGGCAUGAAGUUUGAAGGAGAAAAAUAUUUUGUACUGCAAGCAGAUGAUGAACGAAUUAUCGGUAAAAAAGGAUCAUCUGGAUUCUUUAUCUAUAAAACUGGAAAAGCUGUGAUAAUUUCAAUAUAUGAAGGUGGUGUUCAACCUGAACAAUGCAGCAAAACAACUGGAGCUUUGGCAGAUUACUUUAAAAGCAUAAAUUACUAA